AUGUCUCUUCGCCGUUUCCCACAUGCUGAAAUCGUUUCCCCAGAUGUUCUUGGAGAACAUUUGAAAUUCCGAAAUGGUAGAGAAACUAAUAAUCGAUUCUUGAAAGCUGCCCUCACCGAGAUUCAGUUGAAUAAUUAUCCUGGUGAGCCAAAAUGGCACGGUCUUCCAACUGAUACUGUUAUUAAUAUUUAUGACAAAUGGAGAAAUGGCAGUUUUGGAAUGAUCCUGACUUCGAAUGUUCUAGUGGACCCAACUAAUUUAGGGGCUGCUGGUAAUGCUAUAAUCUUUAAAAGAGAAGAUCAUCGAGCUCUGUUCACUUACUGA